CCCUCGCCUCUAGGUAUCCGGUAAUCCCCCCAUCCUCUCUCUCUCUCUCUCUCUCUCUCCUCGCUGGUCGCCGCAUCCGCUGCCCCUCUCUGCUCUCUUUGUACACCCCUCAUCGGUGACUCUCGCCCAGCCUGGAACUCUUGGCACCAGCGAUCACUGGCGAGCAGGCCAUGGACGGCAGAGGCGGCGCGGUGGAGCUGCGCGAGACCCACCGCCUGACGGGCCACGCCGACCGCGCGUGGGCACUCGCCUGGAACCCAAACCUGGGCGCCGGCGAAAGCCCCGUCCUCGCCUCCUGCGGUGGCGACAAGACGGUACGGAUCUGGAAGCGAGCUCCCGACGGCGGGUGGCAGUGCACGGAUGUGCUCGAAGACACGCACAACCGCACGGUGAGGUCCUGCGCUUGGUCCCCCGACGGAAAGCUGCUGGCCACAGCAAGCUUCGAUGCCACGACGGCCAUAUGGGAGUACUCUGGUGGGGACUUUGAGUGCGUCGCCACACUGGAGGGGCAUGAGAAUGAAGUGAAGAGUGCGUCCUGGAGCCAGUCUGGGUCGCUGCUUGCAACAUGCAGCCGGGACAAGGCUGUGUGGAUAUGGGAGAUGCAGCCAGGGAACGAGUACGAGUGUGUUGCCGUAUUGCAGGGGCACACUCAGGAUGUGAAGAUGGUCCAGUGGCACCCGAUCCUUGAUAUUCUGGUUUCUGUCAGCUAUGACAAUACGAUCAAGGUCUGGGCUGAUGAUGGCAAUGAUGAGUGGCAUUGUGUACAGACAUUAACUGAAGCCGACAACUGUGGUCAUUCCUCAACAGUAUGGUCAAUAUCUUUUAAUCAGAAAGGAAAUAGGAUGGUCACAUGCAGUGAUGACUGUACUUUGAAAAUUUGGGACUCAAGUAUUGAUUUGUCGCAACCAGAGACUGGAGAAGGUCAUGAAUCUUGGCAGCAUGUUUCUACUCUAACAGGAUAUCAUGGUCGAACUAUUUUUUCAGCCCAUUGGUCAAGUGAGGAUUUUAUUGCCAGUGGGGCAGGCGAUGAUGCUAUCUGCUUAUUUGUUGAGGAGAAGAGUAGUAUGGUUGAGGGCCCUUCAUACAGAUUAAUAUUGAAAAAGGAGAAGGCACAUGACAUGGAUAUAAACUCUGUCAGAUGGUGUCCUCAGGACCCAAGGGUGUUGGCAUCUGCCAGCGAUGAUGGCACGGUGAAAUUGUGGGAGCUGCGAGGGAAUAUACUUGCUUGAAUUUGCAUCCAGUCUGCUGCAAUAUGGUUAUAGUUCUAGCUGUGUACCUUAAGAUCAUAGAAUGGGGUAGGGAUUGCUUUUUCGUUUUCUGCUCUCCAAAACAAUGGUCUCUAGGUUAGCUAAUACUUCUUGUAUCUGCUGAGAGCUUGCAAGGCGAUGAUCUUUUAGCAGAUUUUGAUCCGAGCUAAAGAAGAUAGAUGGCACCCUUACAAGACGCUGAAUUGUGUUUGAAAUGGUAGACACGUGUCAUUUUUACAAAUAAGCAAAGUUACAUCAAAUUAAGCUCGCUUACAUAGCUAAGUCCUGUGUACGGUUCCCUUGAAAAUAUUGUUUGUCUCACUGUUUGGCAGAAUUCAUCUUGUUGUACUGAUGAGAUUUGCGAUGCCAUAUCGUUCUAUGUACAAUAUGUCUGUUGUUUGCUAA